AUAUAUAUAUAUAUAUAUGUUUUUUCAUACAGCCCAGUUGACCACACAAGAACCAGACUUUUUUUUGUCCUCAUCUUGGUGUGGAAAAAAGGUGCAUAUGAUGAUGGCAUCAAAUAGAACUGGGGUCCUCAGGCCUUUCAGUUGCUAAGCGGCAAGGGUGUCUAAAGGUUAACCCCCUUCUCUCUUUCUUUGGCUGUGUUUUUGCCUCUUUUGGCCAAAAGGGGGCAGCAUAGCCCAUCAUGCUCCGUGUGGGAUUCUGGGUGGCUACCCUGCUCUGGUUUUUUGCUCCUGGCUUGGUCCAUAGUGACUGCUGGCUGAUUGAAGGAGACAAAGGUUAUGUGUGGCUCGCAAUCUGCAGCCAGAACCAGCCUCCAUAUGAAACCAUCCCCCAGCACAUCAACAGCACUGUGCAUGAUUUGCGGCUGAAUGAGAACAAACUCAAAGUUGUCCUGUAUUCUUCUCUCAACCGCUUUGGGAACUUGACAGACCUCAAUCUAACCAAGAAUGAAAUCUCCUACAUUGAGGAUGGAGCCUUCAUGGGACAGUCUAACCUGCAGGUCCUGCAGCUGGGCUAUAACAAGCUCACCAACCUGACCGAGGGCAUGCUGCGUGGCAUGGGCCGCCUCCAGUUUCUCUUCGUGCAGCACAACCUGAUUGAGGUGGUAACCCCUAAUGCCUUUGUGGAAUGUCCCAGCCUGAUCAGCAUUGACCUGUCCUCCAAUCGCCUCAGUCGGCUUGAGGGAAGCACCUUUACCAGCCUUAGCAACCUGAUGGUGUGUGAACUAGCUGGGAAUCCCUUCAACUGUGACUGCAACCUCUAUGGUUUCCUCAUGUGGUUGGUGGCCUUCAACAAUGUUACAAAAAACUAUGACCGUCUGCAGUGUGAGACUCCCCGGGAGUUCACUGGGUAUCCGCUUCUCAUGCCCCGACCACACCAUAGCCGCAAUGCUAUCACCAUCUUCAAGUCGAUGUGCGGUGAUGGCACCUUUCCACCCAUCUCCAGGAUCAAACCCACCCAAUUCAUAACAGAUCCACAACGAGACCUAGAUGACAUUCCUGAGAACUCAGGAAUAAGCCCAGGGGAAAUCCUCUCAGCUGAACCCCCUGCAUCUUCCACCACAGAUUCCUCUGUCAACCCCAGCAUCAAGCUGCAGCAUGUGACUAUCACAUCAGCUGCCUUGGUGGUGACAAUCCCCUCCCCCUUCAGCAAGAUGUAUGUGCUGGUUCAAUACAACAACAGCUAUAUCUCUGAUGUAAUGACUCUGAAGAAGAAGAAGGAAGUUGUUACUCUCACUCAUCUAAAGGCUCAUACAGAUUAUACAUUUUGUGUGGCUUCUAUACGCAACUCCAAACGCUUCAACCAUACUUGCCUCUCAUUUGCCACCCGCAGCAAAGGGAGAGAGGAGCCAGUGCCCAACACUUCCACUACAACCCAUUACAUUAUGACCAUCUUAGGCUGUCUUUUUGGGAUGGUUAUUAUUCUUGGCAUUGUCUAUUAUUGUUUGAGGAAGCGUAGAAUACAAGAGGAGAAACAAAAAUCCCUCAAUGUCAAGAAAACCAUUCUGGAGAUGCGUUAUGGAUCGGACAUCGACACCAGUUCAAUGGUACAUCCAUCACAGAAGUUAGGAGAACCACCUGUUAUCCCAGUAUCACGGAUGUCUUCACUUCCCUCCAUGAUUGGUGAGAAGAUGCCCUCAUCCAAAUCGAUGGAAUCUGGCAUGGAAACUCCAAAGGUCACCACCAAGGGCAAUUACAUUGAAGUUCGGACAGGUGGUGGUGAUGGGCUAGACAGGUCACAGAGGGAUGAUGACCUGCAUGAACUGGACAAUGGGCAAGGUUCAGCAGCUGAGAUCUCAACCAUUGCCAAGGAAGUGGACAAGGUGAACCAGAUAAUCAAUAACUGCAUUGAUGCCCUCAAGCUGGACACAGCUUCUUUCUUGGGGGGUGGAGGAGGGGUUGACUCUGACAUGGCUUUUGAAUGCCAGUCUAUACCAGCCGGUUCUUCUGGUGGGUUGGAGAGGCCAAGUUUUCUCUCACCACCCUAUAAGGAGAGUUCCCACCACCCCCUGCAGCGCCAACUCAGUGCGGAUGCUGCGGUGACUAGGAAAACAUGCAGUGUCUCCUCCAGUGGCUCCAUUAAGAGUGCCAAGGUCUUCAGUCUUGAUGUCCCUGACCACCCACCAUUGAGCAAGGCAGAUUCCAAGUACAUUGAGAAAGGAAGUCCACUCAACAGCCCCUUGGAUCGUCUUCCCCUUGUGUCUCCAGGUGCCAUCCAUCACCUAGAGGUGAAACCUUCUUAUCACUGCAGUGAGCAUCGACAUUCCUUCCCAGCUCUGUACUAUGAGGAGAGUGGGGACACCUUAAGCCAACGGGUGUCCUUCCUGAAACCACUCUCUCGUUCUAAGCGGGACUCCACAUACUCUCAGCUCUCACCUAGACAUUACUUCUCGGGCUAUUCCUCCAGCCCAGAGUACUCCUCAGAGAGCACCCAUAAGAUCUGGGAGCGUUUCCGGCCUUACAAGAAGCACCACCGGGAGGAGGUUUACAUGGCAGCUGGCCAUGCCCUGCGGAAGAAAGUCCAGUUUGCCAAGGAUGAAGAUCUCCAUGAUAUCUUGGAUUACUGGAAAGGAGUCUCUGCUCAGCAAAAGUUGUGACUUUCUCACUGAAAAGAAAGACCCCCCCCCACAUACACAAGUUACCCACCUGACUUCGAAACAAACCAAUCAACUGGCAAAAGAAACUGAAAACCAUCAAAGUUUACAAAACAAACAAAAAGAGCAGGAAAAAAACCACAAGUGAAAUGAAUGUCUCUACUGUGUUAUAGGGACCAUACUCUUUCAAAGGAGACAUUUGCUUUUAUAUUGUGGUGACAAGAGGGUGAAUGGCAGUAAAAGGGGUGCUGGACAAAGGUGAGAGGAGAAGGAUGCCAAUCAGGCAUAGACUUAAGAUACUAACCAUCACUUUUCUUUUCCUGUUCUUUUCUUCCAAGAAGGGGAGAGGUUUUUCUCAUUCUCCUAAUGUGAGAGGCAGAGAUACUGCCUUCAUAUCCUUCCCUUCCCUUCCCUUCCCAUCCCAUGUUUUAAAGGGACAUAAGAGAUGCUUUUUCAAAAUGGACAAGUCAUAGCCAGAGUCAUGUUUACACAGCUCAGACUAGUAGCAAGAGGUCAGUUGUGCAGGAGCCAAAUAUGGCGUUAGCACUCUGCUGGGACCAUAGUUGCUAAAUCCAUGGGAGAGACCAGAUGACCCACUGUUGGUGUGGUUGGUUCAUUUGAAACAUUAUCUCAGCUACAUCAGAACUACUCAUAGAAAAAUGGGUGGAUCUAGGCUUAGUCAUAAAUAGGGUAGAUUCAUUCAAAUGAAUGGGACCUCAAUGAGUCAUGGCUGAUUUCAGACUAAUUGACUUCACGGAGUCUACUUUAUAUGUGACUAAGGUUGAAUCUGAGCUGCUUCCUCCCACACACCAAAUGGUGACAUUUAAAGGACUCUUAAAGUGAAGACAAAGAUAUGGUGUCACACAAAUGAAUAUCCUCUCCAUGUACCAGGUUUUCUGGGCCUACUCCCAUGCUUCCACAUCCUCCAUAUCUUGUUGAGAUGUGUGCAAGCAAAAACAAGGGCAAAAUGUGUGAGUGGGGUGGAGGGUUGCUUCUUUGGCAUAUCCUUGCUUGCCCUGAACCAUGACUGAUGUGAGCAACUGGUUGAAGGAUGUACUGAUUUCUUUUUUAGCUGUGGAAGGGCCUGGGAAAUGCAGUGUCGUUAUAAGAGGUUCUUCUGUCUUUUUUGUAUCCCCUCCCCAAUUGUUAAGGAAAGUAAUAGAAGUGAGAGUAGACUCACUUUCAAAGAAUCCCCUGAACCUCGUUAUAAGAUUUAGUUGUCUUCCAAGAAAAGAGGAACAAGGGUGCUAUCCAACACAGGGAAAGAGGGGCCAGCAUCAUAAGUGAAAAGAAAGGAGGACAGUACAGUGCCCCUGCGUCAUAUGCAGGUGCAUUACUGCGCUGCAUGCAUGAGCCCCAUUGAUUUCAAUGGGGCUCGAGCAUAUGUGGAAUUUGCCUUACUUGGGGGGAUCCGUUUUGGACCCACCCACCUCCGCAUAAGGCAAGGGUACACUGUACCUAGAACCCCUCUACAUUCUGAAGGAGUCUUGACCUCAGCACCAUGAUUUAGGCAACAGCACACAGUUCCCUCCCAGGAUCCAUUGCACAUCCUUGUGGAACAGAGUUUCAUGACAGGCUAGGUGACAAGCUCCAGUCCUUGUCUCCUUAUUGAAAAAGAGUGGAGAAUUACAUAUUGAGAUCUCCAAAAUUAGAACCUCAAUUUCAUUUACACAUCACUGCCAGAAUUUGACCAAAGUGGGGAUAAAAGGAAGAGAGCAAUCCAAUCUUAGACUGGGAAGAAAGCGAGUAUAAAGAAUACUGUGGGAUUGUCUUGGAGAAAAGUAAAAAGUGUUAAGGAGGCCUUCAGCCAUUGAGUUGGGCAAUGCUUUGUAUAGUGGAAUAUCAUAAAAGCUACUUAAUAAAAGUACCAAAAUUGGAACUGGAGAUAGGCUGGAGGCAUAGGCAUCAUCUGGUGACAUUGCUAGGCUAGUCAGCUUCACCUAUUAACCAGCCACCUUGCUGUUGUCUCCUGCUUCUCCAUGCCCAUGUCUUCAUUGCAGCUGCUGAUGGCUUCCAUAUACACCUGGGGAAGGUAUAUCACUCAACAAGUACCAAAUGACUGAAAAAGAGUGGGAAAGUAACAAAAGGAAGCAGAGGUAUGGUGGGAUACUGAGUGUUACCCAGCAGCACUGAUGCACAGCUUGGAAAAGUUACACCUCUAUAGAAGACAACUUCCAGAAAGCUCUAUCCAGCUUGUACAGUGGCCACGAUAUCUAGGGAGUUGUGAAAACUAGUAUAAAACAGUCACAUUUCCAAAAUUUAGCCUGAUGUGGCCACCAGAAGCCACGGGGGUAAAAAUGAUUCAAUCAAGGAAUAAGUGAUAAAAAUGGAAAAACAUAGGUAGUCUCUUGGCAUAGUGCUACACUAUAGGUUAUUUGCUCAUCUAUGUAACAGAACCAGUCUGUGAUGGCUCUGUUUUGUAGAGACAAUAAUAGGAAGCAGACUAGUUAGUUUGCUGGAAAAACAUGAAAGCAGUGGGGCUUAAGAGGCCAUAGCUAACAUGUUCUAUUGAUUUCAGUGAAAUCUAAGCAUGAGUAACUUGCCUAGAUGCGACCCAAUUCUUGUGUCAAGCAAAAAGCACUUCUCUUGCUUUCCUUCCCAACCUCUCUGCCAUUUGAUACACCUUAUCAUACCAUUUGAUACCUUCUUUUAGCUCAUGACCAUGUUACUUCUUAACAUCCCUGCCUUGCAACAAAGAUCCAUGACUAGUAGUUUACCCUGCUUCUAUGGUCUGGAGCACACCAAUAAAGCACAAGCUUUAUUGCAACCACAGAAUGCACUAGUGAUUUCUUUUCAAGUUUUAACUUUGCCAAGCAAGGGGAAAGCCCUGCUUCCCAUGAUUAUUUUUAAACCUUGGUUGUAUUAUCCCAAGGGCAGAGAUAGGGUUGAGGAGAUCCUAGUUCUAAGAUCCAAAACUAGAUCCCAUUUCCAUAGCAAGACAAGAAUCUUUCCUCUCUCAAGAGAGGCCACAAAUGUCUACACUCAAGAUGAGGAAGGAAGAAGGGGAUGCCUUGCAAUCAAGCCUUAUCUGCCGCAUUCCCCCCCACCCCCUAGUUGUUGCCCUGCAGGAAGAAUAGCAACAAAAAGGAAUAAGAAUGUGAAGCUGGAUUUUUAAAAAUUUGAUGUAGCAUAUCCGACAGCUUUGUUCAUCUGUGCAGUGUUACUGGGGCUAGGCAGCUGGGAUCCAUGCUCUUCUAGGAAUGAUCCUUCCUGUGAAAAAUCAAAUAUUUACUGUUCAAUGCUUAGUGACAGAUUAGGCAACCUAGUGCCCACUAGCUGUUUUUGACUAUAACUCCUAUAAUCCCUGACCAUACUGACUGAAAAUGAGGAAAGAAGUAGUCAAAAACAUAUGGGUGGGGGUUUCCUCCCCCAGUUUGCUGCAAGAACACUUUCCUCCUACACCAACUUCUUUGCUUCUCACAGCACCCAGUCUAGACAAGAAGGACCUUUCUCUUCCUUCAUCAAAGAUGUGAACAGCAAAAGUAUGUUCACAAAUGGUACUCGCAAUUUCCAGAUGGGGUGUUAAGUCUUAAGGAUUUUGCCAAGAUGAGAAACAAGUAGAGAUGCAGAUCCCAGAGAAGCAUUCCUGUUGGAAACUGCAUGGAAAUGUUAGGGAGAUGUUUUCUGUAGGGAACCUUCCCAAAGUGCAUUCUUUAGGUUACAUAGGGACCAGAGCUUGAAGAUGUUACUUGUUGUGAUACUUGUUGAAUACCAGUUUUUAAAAGAUAUAUUCUGGAAGGUAAAGUGCGUAUGCUAUCAGGAUCCAGUUUAAUGGAAUCCAAAACCAAAUUCCUGUUGGAAAGAUUCUGAAACUAAAGUUUCACUGGAAUUCUGAAUGAAAUGUCAGAUAUCUUGCAUUGUCUCCUUUGCAUGCCAGCAUGUUUCUCCAUGCAGUGAUCCUAGAAAAUUAUAAAGCAGAACCAAACAAAGUUUAGGAUUCCCAUGUAGAAUGCUUAAGAUAUCUUUGAUAACAUGCCCUUGUGAUGAGAGCAUGGGAAAGGGGAGUUUAUCAGCAAGACAAACCUUUUUAGUAUUUCUUGGCUGUGGUGAGGGACAUGUAUCCUGCACUUCCUAAAUUAUGGAGAAACUAAAUAUAAAGAGCUUCUAACAAUUAUGGAAGGAUAGGGCUGCUGAUGCUGUAGAAUUGCCUGGAUCCAGCUGGGACUAUUUGAGAAUUUCCCCCCACAGUAGGGUUGUUGCAGUAGAAGAGGAGCUCACCCAGCAACAACAUCAACAACAGAAAAAGUCCUAUUUUAUGUAACUGUUUAAAAAUAUGUACCAACGCCACCCCCAUAUAGAUCAUCAUGGCCCUAGGGAAAUGAGAUAACUUGCCUUUUGACUCGGAAUCAGGGUAAAGAGCAGUGAGGUUGGAAGGAAGGUGCACUUAAACCUUGUUUCCCAUCUCUACUGUGUCACCCCAGCCUCUCCUUGCCACCCCAUAAUUUCUACUGAGAAACAAGGUGGGGCAUGAGUAGUGUGUUGCUCUUGAUUUUGGCUCCCUCCCUCUACCUGUCUGCACAAUGCAGAGACAGGGAUUCAGAACAUAAGUGGUGAUGGUUCAGGAGGCGGAGGAUGUAGCAAGUGGAGCAUCUUCUGGAUGUGAUGAACAGGGGUGGGCAUUUAUAGGCUACAAGUAACCUGCACCCUUCUUGUGUCCUGCAGUGCAAACUUUAGGCUGUGGGGAGAAUAUUGCAUAUGGUGGGACUGUUCCAACAGGGAGGAAUGGCAAGGUGAUGUAAUAGGGAAAGGAGGCCUGCUCCAGAGACUCCCUUAUCAACUCCCUUCCUUGCAGCUAGUUUAAGACUCGGAACAACUACAAAGUACACACACAACCAGUCUGGAAAAAAAAGAGAAGAUUUAAGCGUUAUAUUUGCAUGAUGAUAUUACUGUAUUUUUCUGAGCAAAAACAUCUUUUGUGUAUGUGCUGGUUUGUUGGGACUAAAUCUGACCAUGCUCUUUUGCUUUUUCCUCCCAUCUUGCCCCACCCCACAAAUUCUCCCGUACUUCCUUAACCACCAUUGUGAAUUGAAAUCUUUGGGAGGAAGCGGACUCCAAAGAGAACCCAAACCUGGUGCCACCAGCAAAAUAGCACUCUUCCCUUCCAGUCCAGUCCACACUGUCCUUACCCCUUUGCAAACAUCUGUGUGCUGGUUUUGGCUUGGGUGACUUUCAGAAGCCUAAGUGAUAGUCCCAGUCCUUUAACUUAUGCUUAUCCUGCAGCAGUUAUUCAUCCUCAUGAAUCCUGGUUUUGUAGAAAUGCUUGCCAAGUAAGGGCUGUUAGGCCAAGAGGACUCCCAGUUCUUGGCCAAAACAUCUACUUCUAGGCCACCAAUGCCAAGUAGAACUGCUGUUCAGGGAUAUAAUAAAAAGUUUAAUUUUAAGGGAAUGACAGAAAAUUUUGAAGGCCUCAUCCAGACAAUUUGGUUUUAAUGAAGAAGAAAAAAGCACCCUCUUCCCUCUAUUGUUGUAGCCUCUGGUGAUUGUGCUUCUCCAUCCAUUUGCAGGUGACUAGGUAAAAUAAGCCAGAAUAGUUGAUAAAGUGGUCUUGACAGAGGUCUUUCUUUUCUAAAAUGAGCCUCUCCAAAUUUAAUCUGUCCUCUUUCACACUCCUGUAGUUCUUUCCAUGGGGACCAGAACAUCAUUGGGGAAAAAUUUCCUUGGGGCAAAUGCACAAAGAAAUCUGAUACUUAUUCUGGAGGAGUUCUUGUUUCCUUUCUUUGCUGCACUUGAUCCUAGCAGUUACUGGACAACAGAGGCAUCAUGUUAUCCAGUUGAGACAGAAGGCCAGAGUUGAUUUCCUGCUCCAUUCUGAUAAAGCCUCUGGUUAUUUCAUUGAAAGAGAAGACCUAAGCUUGAAUUGUCUCCUUUGAAUGCAGUAUUUUGGAAGUAUAGACACCUGUCCCACAUGGAAUGGAUUCUGGAUAUAACCCAUCCCCCUGUGGGCUGCCUCAAGAAGAAUAUGAUCAGAAUAUCAGGUGUCCUCUGGAGCUGACUGAGAGAUGGCCCAGCAGAGUCAGGAGAACAUGGACGAAGUGAGCUUUCAUACUGAACCUACAACCUGAGGAAAAAAACACUGUGUUGAUCCCAGUGCAAGAUCAUCAUAGGCACAGCUACAGCAAAUACUGCAGUGCUGUUCCUGCCUCAUUCUCUGCUAUCUUCCAUCCUAUGCCAGAUAAUUCCUCCUGAGGUGGGCGUGAAAUAUUCAUGAACGACAAAUGAAAAUUUAUGUCAAGGAAUCUUGGCUGCGGCGGUGUCGAUGUGUUUGCAAUGCUAAUCAGGCUGGGUUUUUGCUGGAGGCUCUCAGAGGCAGUGAUGUGGGGCGGGAAAGAGGUAAUAUAGCCAGGACCCUACAAAAAACAAGAUACAGCAUAUAGUGGGAGAGAAGGAGAAAUGUGGUAGCAGAAGAAGUGAAUGGCCAUAAAGAGGAAGAGAGGUAUAUAAAUGCAAAGAGAGGGAUUGUGAGAUAGCACUAGAGAAAGCAAAGGGUGUAUAUUGGUUGAAUGAACAAGAAAAGGAAAAGAUGUGUGGCUGUUACACCUUUUCUUGUUCCAGUUACUUCUCUAAACCACCAUAAGGUAAAUUUUAGAUGCUCUCUACUGGGCAUCUUUGCUCUCCCACACUGAAACUCUGAGUUGCCUAUGUUAGUUAACCAAAAGGAUGGAGAUAUGGAUGGAGACAGGUGGAUAGAAUGGGGAUUAUAAACCAGCUGCAUGGCAAACUGAACACAUUAAAACUGCACUCUUUUAAAACUGUGUUAUGGUUACUAGCCAGUAGACCAAUUUAUUGGGAGAGCAGAGUCUAUCUUUUAAUAUACAGGUGCCAGCUUCAGAAUGUGUUCUAGAGAGAGAGGUGGCAUGGAGCUGGCCUGAAUCCUCAUCUACCCCAAGGUUUGUGCACAUAGUCUUUAUCUUUCCAUCAGUCUCUCUUUUCAUUAAACCACUUGGCUCCCACUCCAUUGCUGCCAGGCCAAAUACAAACACAGGAUGAAUUUCAGAUAGCUUUCCCCUAACCUACCCAUUUGAACUAAGGUCAAAUUUGAAGAAACCAGGUGAGAAGCUGGUAAGAAUUUCAAAUGACAUAACAUUUUAAAGGUGACAGGAAAAUGUAAAGAAUAUUUGGAGGGUACAGCAGAGAAAAACAAAACAUAGAAAUGGGUGUUAGUAGAUUUUGUAAUAUGAUAAAGUAAUCUGAUGCUUUAGACUGCAUGUCCCAUAAACUCCAGCCUACAUAGACAAUGGUCAGAGAUUAUGGGAGUUGUAGACCACAGCUCCCCUGCCUUUACUAAGAGGUUACUAAAACCAUUUAACAUUUCUUCACAGAGCAGGGAUAGGGAGUGUGUUCCCCCUGGACAUUGUUGAACUGCAGUUCUUUUCCCCAUCUAUGCUGAUGGAGGCAGUAUUCCACCAACAUCUAGAUGGACACCCAUUUCCCUCUUAGACAUCAUAAGAUCAGUUCCAGGAGGGGAAAGAACAUAAUAGAAUAAGAGAUCAUCAAAUAUAAAGGGAAGAAACUGUAAAGAAACUGUAUAGUAAUGAGAAUGAAUAGGAAAAAUACAACUGGGAUGACAGAGGAUAGAAAAUUUCUGGGGAGAUUAACAGUUCAAUGGCAUCUCUAGACAGGAGUUUUAGAAUGACAUGGAUGUACUAGUUCAGAGUAUCUGAUGUUCACAAAUGCUGGUACAAUAUGAUAUAUGGAGAAAUAAUCUUAAUUGACAGUGGUCCCACAGGGCAGGCUGGGGGCACAUGUGGCCAUCCAGAUGUUAGAUAGUUCCUGUUAUCCUUCACCAUUGGUUAUGUUGGGUAGGGCUGAUAAAGAAUUGCAGCCCAUCACUACUAUCUUGUGGACCAAUUGAUGGGAGACACUUUCUCCAAAUGGUGGAGGAACACCCCCCUGACUUCAGUCCAUGAGUCCACACAUCUGGGGGCCCAGCCUUUCCCCAGCCCUGAAAUCUGAUGGUGUUGUAGAGCACAUUGGUCCUUUCAAUUCUUUCCAUUGAUAAGGUGUCAAAAGUGGCAAGUCCCCAUUUAAUAAAUGCUCCACAGAAAAACUGACAACAAUGUUAGGAGGUGAGAUGAUGAUAAAAGAGACUGAGAAGGAGACACAGGAUUAGGAAACUGAUGAGACAAGAGUUUGAGAGGGCAGAAGAACUAAUCAGAGAAGACAUUAUGUUAUUUUUGGAGACCAACAAACAGUCAAUUCUGGACAUUUUCCUUAAGCACCAUCUCAUCUUUUGACAUACAAGUGAGAAUCAACUGUCGCAGUAUGAGGCAGCACAGGGCAUAGUGUGCAAGGUACUAAUGCAAGAUUAAUGUUCUACCAGAUGAGCAUGCCAGUGUCCAGAUCAGCCAAAGCUCCUUGAGAAGAAGCAGCCACAGAAGGAAGCCAAGAACGGAAAGAGUGAACAGAAUAUGCAGGUAGUCCAUUUUUGUGUGGCAGCCACCACUCCAUUACUCAGCAGCCAUGACAACUGCACAUAGAUGAAAGUGCAACCCUUCCAGGAUCAGGGAAAACAGCCUCCCUAGAGUCACAGUGUACAAACUACAACACUGGGAAGUUGUUCUUUAAUGGAUCUCACUGUGAAAUGUUUUGUACUGAGCUCUUUUUUUUUCCUGGGUGGGUGGGGGAUUUUUGUGGGCUUUGAGGAAACUUUCACCCUACACCAUCAUGCUCCUUGACCCUCAAAUAUCUGCUUUUAUGGUACUUUGUGGAGUUUUGCUCUAUGGAGCAGAUCUACACACUUGGAAGUCUCUUAGGGACAUUCCUUUCUGCUGUAAACUGGAAAAAAGGACAAGAUCCAUCUAUUUUCCACCACCAUGACCUCUUUCCCCCCUUGAUCUAUUGUAUCUCAUUCAGGAAGAUGACUCCAUAUACUUCAGGGCAGCAAACUUACCUGAAAGUGGACUGCAAAUGGAAGGGUCUUCCUAAACUUACACACACACACAUACACACAUGAAUCUUUUUCAUCUUCCCGAGGUAUGACUUUCCUUAGAUCCUCGCCUCUCUCACCCUCUACUUCCUCCAUUCUUGGCCUUUGUUUCAAUUAUGAGGCCUUGCUUUCAGGUGACUCCUACACUCCCAAUAGCCUAUGAUGACAUGAGGAGAAGGAGCCAGUAGUAAGAGGGGUGGAAUCCCAGCUUUAGCCCUGCCACCCACAAGCACAGAAUUGGGGUACAAGAGUAGGGGGUAGUGCCCCUUCCCCUCCAGGUCUCCUUCUCAAGUCCCACUUCUGCUCCCCUUGAAUGUAAUACACAAUUGGAGGCAGCUGCCGGUUUGGGUCCUCACCAGCCGCUUGGGUUCCCUCCUCCUGUAAUGAUCCUGUGAACUUCGGUUGUGUAUGGAGAUUUAUUUUUUGAAGUUUGGUUUUAUUUUAGGUUUGAGUUUGAUUUGAUUUUUCUUUAUUCCCCUGCCCCCUUUCACAUUUUAAACUGAAUGGCACGAAAUUGUUUUCCUUGAAUCGGAGAUUCCUGUAUGGAAAAAAUCAAUUUCUAUAUUUGCAAUAAAUUUCUUAUUAAAAAAAAAGAGAGA